AUGCCUCAGAACGAGUAUAUCGAGCGCUGGACCAAGCAACAUGGUAAGCGCUUGGACCACGACGAGCGAGUCCGCAAGCGCGAAGCCCGUCAAGCCCACCAGCAAUCCAAGGAUGCCCAGAACCUCCGCGGUCUGCGGGCCAAGCUGUACCAGCAGAAGCGCCAUGCCGAGAAGAUCCAGAUGAGGAAGCGCAUCAAGGCGCAGGAGGAGAAGAACGUCAAGUCCUCUGCGCCUUCCGAGCCCUCCAAGACGCCUUUGCCCCAGUACCUGCUCGACCGCUCCGAGGCUACAAAUGCGAAGGCUUUGUCUAGCGCCAUUAAGGACAAGCGUGCGGAGAAGGCGGCUAAGUUUGCUGUGCCUUUGCCUAAGGUUAAGGGUAUUAGUGAGGAGGAGAUGUUCAAGGUUGUCAACACCGGAAAGAAGACGCAUAAGAAGUCGUGGAAGCGCAUGAUCACGAAGCCGACGUUUGUUGGAAACGACUUUACCCGACGACCUGUCAAAUAUGAGCGCUUUAUUCGUCCUAUGGGUCUGCGAUACAAGAAGGCCAACGUUACACACCCCGAAAUGGCCGUCACCGUCCAGCUCCCCAUCCUCUCCGUCAAGAAGAACCCCCAGAACCCUCUCUACACCCAACUCGGUGUUCUCACCAAGGGUACUGUCAUUGAAGUCAACGUCUCCGAGCUCGGUAUCGUCACCGCAGGUGGAAAGGUUGCCUGGGGUAAAUACGCCCAGGUUACGAACACGCCCGAGAACGACGGCUGUGUUAAUGCGUAUGUCCCUAUCCGCCCGGUCUUAUCCGCAAAAUCACCUCUAACCGCUAUGCCAGUGUCCUCCUCGUUUAAUCAUCUUGACGCCGAAGAAAGACCUCUUGAUACCAUUUAUGUCCUAGACUUCUGUUUUCCUACACUUUCUAUGUUCACGGACGGCGUUUUUGGCGUGCCAUACUGUCUUAGUCAUAUUUCUCAGAAAAGUAUUCCAAACGAUAUUCGACAUCAAUGA